UGGUGAUAGGACAGAGGGAGGAAGUAUAAAAGGUCAGCUUUCGGCAAGGGGGAAGUCAGGCCAAGAAGAAUUGGUAUAAUCACACAGGAUAUUUUACUACUUUGCAGAUCAUGGCUGAGUUCGAAGUGGUUUUGAAGCACUGGGGUCCAGUGGAGGCGGACUAUGCCAGUCACGGGAACCUGGUUCUGACCCGUUUAUUCACAGAGCACCCGGACACCCAGAAGCUGUUCCCCAAGUUUGCUGGCAUCGCUCAGGGUGACAUGGCUGGUAACGCAGCUAUUUCUGCCCAUGGUGCCACUGUGCUAAAGAAACUUGGUGAGCUGCUGAAGGCCAAGGGCAAUCACGCUACCACCCUCAAAGCUCUGGCUACCACCCAUGCCACCAAGCAUAAGAUCCCAAUUAAGAACUUCGAGCUGAUUGCCGAGGUCAUCGGUAAAGUCAUGGAGGAGAAAGCAGGACUCGAUUCAGUCGGGCGGGAGGCCCUCAGGGAUGUAAUGGCCCGUGUCAUUGCUGACAUUGAUGCCACCUACAAAGAGCUGGGCUUCACUGGCUGAGGAUUAAUGUCACACAGGUCAUGCCGGGGUCACGACAGACAAGAAAUUUUCUACAUGCAAGUGCUGUUUUGAAAAUAAAAAGCUUUAAUCCACAUGAAUACAUUAAGAAAUCUAAUGCGGCAUCGCCAUAAAUUACAUCCCCAAAUGUUGUGAUAGUGUUGAGGAUCAUAAAGAGCAUAAGAAGCUAAACAAAUGUAUCUUUUAUUGCAGGUUUACUGUACUAGAUUGUGUUAGAUUGCAUCUGUAAUAAAGAUGGUUUUUAUUUCGGUUAAAAUAGAUUUAUCUUGGACGUAAAUGUACAGUAAACUUACACUUACCACGUAUUACCAAUAAAACUCUCUGUUGCUCAACUCUGCUCAUUAA